AUGUACAGCUUUGACCCGGCAAGCCAGAAACGUAUCAACAGACACAGACAGUCCUCACGACUUCACGCCGUCACUGUGCUGUUCAUAUCCUCCCUCAUCGUGCUCACAACAAGCAUCUUAGGAGCCCUCGCUGCGCCAGUCACGAACCCCAUCGAAGUCAUCGACGCCAACAUCACCAGCUUUGAAGCUCGGUCCACAGCACCAGGCACCGGCACAAAUAAUGGCUACUUCUACAGCUUCUACAACGACAACGCCAGUGGUACAGUAACGUACAACGGCAGUGCAGGCGGUUCUUACACCACGCAAUGGAGCAACUGCGGUAGCUUCGUGGCCGGCAAAGGCUGGAAUCCUGGAAGGGGGAGGACUAUCAGAUACUCCGCCACCUUCUCCCCUUCCGGCAACGCCUACCUCAGCGUCUACGGCUGGACCACAAGUCCAUUGGUUGAAUACUAG